CUUAGGUCUGCAGGUACGUGUGGUGUUGUCGCUCAUUCGCGCCCUAGCUUUGGAGCGAGUUGCACAUUCACACAGACACGCUCACUCAGAAACACACUGCACGAAGCAAGGGAUCCUAAGGAACUGCUGAAGAACCCAGUCACGUAGGGGGGGACAGACCAGACGAAGCCACCAAGAUGUGUGACAUGGGGGGAUUGGAUAACCUGGUGGCCAACACGGCCUACCUGAAAGCCCAGGGUGGCGAUGACAAGGAGAUGAAGAAGCGUCGCCGGAGUUUGUCACUGCCCCCGGCCGAGCAGUGUGCCGCCAUCCGGACCACCAUUGAUAAGAACUUUGAGUCGCUCUGUGAGAGGCAGCCAAUCGGCAAGAAGUUUUUCCGGCAGUUCCUGGCUGCUACCCCAGAGUACAUCAAUGCCGCUGAGUACCUGGACGAGCUGAAUGACUGGGAUCUGGCGGAAGGCGCUGAUAAGGAAAAGCAGAGGGCGAACAUGAUGACAAAGUUUUGCAAGGCCGACUCCAAGAACUUUCUGACUUACCUCACCGGGGAGGUAGCCGACAAGUGUAAGGCAGUGACGGACAAGGACUUUGACGAAGUGAUGAACGUCAAGGUGAAGGAAGCUACACGAGAGUUUCUGAAAGACAAGCCCUUCACGGACUACCAAACUAGCCCCUUCUUUGACAAAUUCCUGCAGUGGAAGGAGUACGAGAAGCAGCCCAUCAGUGAUAAAACCUUUUAUGAGUUCAGAACUCUGGGCAAGGGAGGUUUCGGAGAGGUAAGCAUUCAGAAACCAAUACAGCAGCAUCAUGUCUUUGCAAUACCGGCAAAAUGACUACGUGUCAGUAAUAUGUAUCUGCAAUAUUAUCUCUUUAAUGAAUGUAAAAAAAAAAAAAAAAAAUGUGGCAACAGGACAAUUCACAAAAGAAAAAAUUAUGCACAGAAUCAAUGAUUAAUACCAUGUUGUCGUUCCCAUAGUUUCACUGAUGCAGUGUCUAUAAGUACAAAGUACACCUCAGUUAACUUGCAAAGAGCUAAUCUCUCGCUAAUCCCCCACCAGAGAUGACCCGCGGUUCUUAAGCACAGAAUCAGUUUCAUCACAUCUUUACUACUCUAUGCAUACUUUCAAGCUUGUAUCAUUAUCGAGUUGUUCUGCAAGAUGAAUAUUGUCAAUGAAAGCACUGUGUCAGUAUCAAAUCUGAGCGUCAUGAGGUGCCAUUUAUAAAACCCUCAGGGAACUUUGCUGAGGUAUUCAGGAGUCCUUUUAACCCACGGUCUCCCUCUGUCCAGGUAUGUGCCGUACAGGUGAAGAACACAGGCCAGAUGUACGCCUGCAAGAAGCUGUGCAAGAAGCGCCUGAAGAAGAAACAUGGUGAGAAGAUGGCCCUGCUGGAGAAGCAAAUCCUGGAAAAGGUCAACAGCCUGUUCCUUGUCAACCUGGCCUAUGCCUACGACACCAAGACCCACCUGUGCCUCGUCAUGACCCUGAUGAACGGCGGAGACCUCAGGUACCACAUCUAUUACGUCAGUGAGAAGACCAAAGGUAUCGAGAUGCCACGCAUCAUCUACUACACAGCGCAGAUCUGCACAGGCAUUCUUCACCUGCAUGAAAUGGAUAUCAUAUACCGUGACAUGAAGCCCGAGAACGUGCUGCUGGACAGCUUUGGCCAGUGCCGACUCUCUGAUCUGGGUCUGGCCGUGGAGCUGCCCGCUGGAAAGACAAUCUCCCAGAAGGUAAGCCUGUUGAAGUUGGGUUUUCAAGAACUUGUAGUUGACUGUGGCUUUGGGAAACUAUCGAAAGUCGGGAGCAGUAGGGAUGGUGGAGAAUGAGUAUGAAGAGAUGAUGAUGAUGAUGUCAUGACAAUGAAGACAGAGAGUUGAUGACGUGAAAGGUUCCUUUAUGAUUACGAUCUGAUAGCAAGCUUGCAGCGUUGACCUUUUCAACAUAGCGUGACAAUUUGGAUGGUUACUGGAUUGUUCAGGAUCUGUCCAAGAGGAGUCUCUGCCUCCAUUAUAUAACCCAGGGAUGGGCAAGAUGGAGGCGCGGUGGCUUUAAAAACGUGCCCCCCGUCAGUCAUCUAGUGUAUAUAUAAAUCAUUGAUCUACACCAGGGAUGGGCAACUUUGAUGGGGGUGGGGACCACGAAAAAUCUGAACUCAUCAUGAGGGGCCGCAGUGGGUCCUGGGUCUGCGUACCCACAUCAGUACCCACACAUGCAGUCAGAGCAUGCCCUAGCCUUUUUGGAGCCUUAAGUGAAAUUUGGUCGGGGGGCCCCCCUCACCUUGCGAGCAAAACAUUUUAGCGGCCCCCCUCUCUUGACAACGGAGAGAAAAAUACAUCUUUCCUGUAGAGAAGAUUUUGCAAUUUUAUAACUCAUUUCCUGCAAUUCUACUCAUUUUGCCAUAGGGUGGAGGGAAAUGUUUGCCGUUUUUAAUAUGAUAUCUGAGAGAGAGUGACUAACAGAAUCAAUGGGGGCCCCCCAGUCGGUAAAUCGACAAUGAUUACUACAAGAUAGCUGGCUAGACUAACUUAGCAAUCUAAAAAUGUUUAGCUGACAUACGCUAAUUGAGUGACUAUCAGUGACAUAACAAUAGAGAAACUGCUGAUGCACAACCAAAUGUCAAAAUUGCAUUUAGUGUAUUCCCCCCAAAAAAAGUUAUUUAUCUUUGGAAAUUGCCAGUUGCCCAUCCUUGAUAUAACCGAUUUGAUCCUUAGUGGGUGGUUAUUUUAGCCCAGACAAUUAUAGGACGACCAUUUUGGGGGCUGAGUGACUGCGUUGUAAGUAGAGUUGGGGGUUGGGUUGGGUGUGUCAGAGGUGUCCUCUUGAUCUCUACAGUGACAAGGAGAUUAUUAUGUCCAGCCCCUAAACUCCUUGGAGACUGCCUAAACUCAUGGGAACAGCAUCUUUGUGCUAUAUAAAGACAGGCAAGAUGUAUGUAGCCUCUUGAGACCGUAGAACAGUCUACAUUUACAUUUCAGUCAUUUAGCAGACGCUCUUAUCCAGAGCGACUUACAGUUAGUGAGUGCAUACAUUUUUUUUUCUUCAUACUGGUCCCCAGUGGGAAUCGGACACACAACCCUGCUGUUGCAAGCGCCAUGCUCUACCAACUGAGCUACACGGGACUAUUCUAAGGUCUCUAUGUGGGGUGUCUGUUUGCCCAACCAGGAUAAAAACAAUUGGUCAUCAAAACCAAAUCUGACCAAUCAAAAGACACAGGACAGGAGUUUGCAAGUCAACAAACCAGAGAAACAGAUACUUUAGAAGCAUCUCCCUUGGUUAAGUCAACCAUUUCAUUCAGGGAAGACAAGGCUAAUUGUGUUAAUUAAUUGUGCUAAUUGUGUUGUUACCUGGGUGUUUGACUGAUACUUGAUGAAAAAUGCAUCUUAGGGAGACUUUUACCUGUUCUUAAGAUGCUGUGUGUAUGUCUAUAAAUCCUGUGAACCAGUCUACCAUUAGCUUUCCUGUAAAAUGAUUUGUCACAGAGUUUUGCAGAUUGGGGCAUCUCUACAGGCCAAUGAAGAGUAAGAUGCAGGCUCUACAGAAGCCCAGUAAGCUCAUUAUCCAGAGCUCUUCUCUUGUCCUCCUCGGCAGACCGGGGAGCCUGGACUUAGGCAUGGCUGGCUUUGGCUUUCUAAGCCUCUUACUUAGCAGGCAUUACACAAAUCAGUCCCCUGAUCAGACUAGCAAAACCAGGUUAACCUUAGGCACAGUUUGUGUGUAUUAAUGAAUGUCUGUAUAGUGGCAUCCUUUUGGGGGUCUAGUUACAAUUUUUGCCAAUGCAGUGUAUUCAUGAGGCCUUAGAUCUACGGAAUUAGAGGUCAAAGUUUGCACCAGCUGUUUGGCCAAUGUCCUUACUGCGUCCAUGCUGGACCAAUCAGGUGUUUGGAGAGCUUUGAUUUGACCAGUCACAGGGAGUAGUCCAUAGCUGUCCUCUUUUGGAGAGGUGUUUUCAAUGUAGUUAGCAUUUAAGCGCGGGUCAAAAGUCAACCGAAAGAUGGGAGUGCCACGUCCAUUUCUGUGUACAAGGAGAAAUCUGGCAAGCAGUCCUGCUUUAGCUCAUGUAGGAUAAAUGCUAAUAGGCACCUAAGAACAGAUCUUACCCGUGGUAUAUUGGCCAUAUACCACACCCCCUCGGGCCUUAUUGCUUAAAUAGACACCUGAUACCAGUCAGCCAAGGUGAAAAGCCCUUGAAAUCAUGCUAAAGAUCUAAUGUAUAGUGCUGUGUUAGUGUCAUCCUCUAGAAUACAGGACCACAGGGAUCUCCAGGAUGUAUCGCUAUGCACAUUUGUAAUGCAAUGUUUGUGCAUGGUUAUGCAUAUAGAUGUGUUGUGUGUGUGUGUGUGUGUGUGUGUGUGUGUGUGUGUGUGUGUGUGUGUGUAGUUUACAGUAUAUGCUGCAUGUGGUUACUCACUAGAGUCCAUGGAUUGACAUCCUUUAUGUAAGCAGAAGGAGAGAUCCGUCACCAUGGAUGCACACAUGACUCUUGACAGGUAGAGAGAGAUUAGCAUUAAGCUACUUGUCCCAAGCUAUGGCUGAAGUCAGGAAGGAGCAUAGGAGGAACUAGAGAGAGACAGGAAGAAGAGGGCUUAUAUAAAACAGCAAAUGGCUGUGUUCAUAGUUCCUGUUUUAUAUAAGCCCUCCCUGUCCCUCUCUCUCUGUCGCUCUCUAGUCAUUCCUAAGAUCCUGCCUAACCUCAUGUUCCUGGUCUUAUCCUCCCUAGGUCUCACCUGGUCUCAUCCUCACUAGGUCUCACCUGGUCUCAUCUUCGCUAGUCCAAGGCUAGCACUUCUCAGACCAGGCUAGUAGAAAAUGUGCCAAACUAACACUAAAACAUAAUUUAUGUCUAAUCACAUCUCAUGGUAUAGACCCCUGGCAAGUAGAAUUUCACUCAGGCUGUUCCUUCCUCAUCAUGUGCAUCAGCUUCCCGAUAACCCAUUAUAACUGGCAUCGGCAUGCUCUCAUUAUCUGUCAUGCUUUAAGAUACAUUUUGACUUUUGGGAAACAGGUAACAGAUACAGUAGAGAAGGAACUGUAGUGAUGGUUAGUAUCACUUCUAAAACCAUGUUACCCAUACCAUGUGAUGGAUCUGAUAUCAUGACAGGAACAAAUGAGCUGAUAUUUCAAACAUACUGUAGGAUGAUGAGUUGUCCUCUAAUUGUUUCCAUCUUUCUUCCAUUCUUCCUGAAUCUCUCUUCUGCCUUCCCUACACCGUCCCAGGCUGGAACCGGAGCGUACAUGGCCCCUGAGAUCCUGAACGAAGUUCCCUACAGGACAUCAGUGGACUGGUGGGCGCUGGGCUGCAGUAUUUACGAGAUGGUGGCCGCCUACACUCCGUUCAAGGGUCCCGAAUCCGGGAAGCAGAAGGUGGAGAAGGAGGAGGUGCAGCGUCGCAUCUGCAAAGAGGAACCGCCAUGGGAGCACAAGAACUUCGACGCGCCCACCAAGGCCAUCAUCCAGGAGUUCCUCAAGAAGAAUAUCGACGAACGCCUGGGCUGCAAGUAAGAGCAUCAGUCCAUCCAGGCUACCAUUAAUAAUAUAAUAUACGCAAUAAUAGCAAUUCUCUAUUCUCUACUGAUGCUGUCAUUUAUGAAGAAACAGCCCUUUCAAGUCAGGUAGCUCACCACAGCUGGCAUAAUACCUCAAUUACCUCGACUAACCUGUGCCCCCGCACAUUGACUCUGUACCGUAUUUUGUAGUUAUCUAUUUUUUACUUAACACUUAUUUUUCUUAAAACUGCAUUGUUAGUUAAGGGUUUGUAAGUAAGCAUUUCACUGUAAGGUCUACACCUGUUGUAUUCGGCACAUGCGACAAAUACAGUUUGAUUUGAUUUGAUAAAAGCAUUUUGCUAGCUUGAUGACCAGGGUUGGGGUCAAUUCCUUUUCAAUUACAGUCAAUUCAGAAAGUAAACCAAAUUCCAAUUCCACAUUUUCUUAAUUGAAAAGCAUUGCAGAGAAUUGGAAUGUGAAUGUACUUCCUGAAUCGACAGGAAUUAUAAUAGAAUUGACCCCAAACCUGUUGUUGGCUAACAUGCGAGCAUGCUGAUGCAACAUAGAUUUUCAACUCAGUUGUCAGUCAACUACCUACAUUAGUUGAUCAAGGCAGUAUCAAUAGUAUCCAAUGUACUCCGCAAACAACUGGUUUAAUACAUUUUUCAGAACACAGUAUUUUAGUUUGUUUGUUCAACUGUAUUUAUUGCUGAGUUAACUGUGACGUUAGCCUAGUUAGCUAGUUAGCCUUCACCUGCCAGUAUGAUGCUCAUACGGAUGUGUCAAAAAACUUUCCUCCACAGGGGAGGAGGUGAGGACCCCCGUAAGCACGAAUGGUUCAAGGCCAUCAACUUUCCUCGUCUGGAGGCUGGUUUGAUCGACCCCCCUUGGGUGCCCAAGCCCAACGUGGUCUAUGCCAAGGACACUGGCGACAUUGCUGAGUUCUCCGAGAUCAAGGGCAUUGUGUUCGACGCCAAUGACGAGAAGUUCUUCAAGGAGAUUGGCACGGGAGCCGUGGCCAUUCCAUGGCAACAGGAGAUGAUUGAUACGAACCUGUUUGACGAGCUGAACGACCCCAACAGGAAAGAGUCUGCUGGGGGUGGUGACGGGGAGGGGAAGUCUGGCACAUGCACGUUGCUGUGAGCAGCCAAAGCUGGCACAUAUAAACACCAGUAUAUACACCAAUACAUGGCACCAAUACAUCAAUUGAUUCGCUCAUGUUCUGUCAAAUUCUUGUGAAACAUUACACACAGAAAUAAUUGAACAAAAUGCAUUAUUUUACACAAGGGAGGAGAGCAGCAGGAGACAGAGAGAGAUGAGGUAUCCUUCACUGGACCGGGUCAGUUGCCAUUGAUUUUAGUAAUAUGGGUCGAAAGUUCCCUGAGCUUCCAAGCAAAUAGGAGGGUAAAAGGUGACUACCAAGAUUUGUAUUGUCAAUUCAGAUUGCAGCUACUCCCAGAUGUUUCUCAUGAUGUAGUAGUGCCCUCCUGGCCAACAGGGGUCGUAAGAGUAGAAUAUAACAAAUUCAUGUUGUGGAUAAAACAUUUUUAAAAUGAUUAAUGGAUAAAUACAGGCCUCUGUUUACAUACAGCUUGCACCAGAAGAUUAGUGCUAACCCUAGCCAUUGGCCACAAUGGAGCACAGUAUGCUACAUUUACUAGUUUGGGAAUAUGGUUGGGAUCUCGUUCUUGAUUGUGUUCCAUUAAUUGAAUGU